AUGAUGGGGACAAAAUGUUGGUUGUUCCUGAUAUUUUGCACUACGUCAACUGUAACAUAUUCUUCAUAUCCACAACUGGAAUACUGGGCUACUUUUGUUCUCUCAUUUUCAAAUUCAUCAUCAAGAGACGCUAUAAUCAGAAACUUGGAAAAAUAUAACCACACGCUGCCAGCAAUUGCGAAAUUUGACGAAUGGAUGAACAAGAAUUGGAUAGACCCAGAACUUCGCGAUUGGCCUUAUGCAAAAGGAAGAAAAGAAACGCGAGACACAAUGAAGAAGUUUUUGUACAGAUUCAAAGCCGGUAAAGCCUAUAUCGAUUACUUAUGUGAGACUGCAAUCAAAGAAGGAAUAUUUAACAAGAAAGUUACAGAAAAAGUAAGAGGUCUUUUUUGGUACUUUCAACGUUGGCAUUCUUUUGAUUUAACACAAAGUGAGCUGUUCAAUCCGAAAUCCUACCGUGCUAAACUACAUGUGGAUCCAGCCGGGUUAUUGAAGCUAAAGGAAAUUUCGAAAAAGUAUCUGGAAGACGAAAAACAGAAGAAUAUUUUGAAAUGGGACUAUAAUGAUGAUUAUUAAUAUUGCGUUGGGAAAACAAUAAAUUCGAAGCAUCAGUAACA